AUGUCAACAACAGAGAACACAACAACUGCUAUCGUUCAUGAAACCAUAAAUGAAGAAUACGAGUGGGUUCAGUUUAACAAACAGUUACGUCUCAUUCGUUCAGUCAAAGACGAUAUGUACCAAAUGCAAAGUAUUUUGAAUGCUCUUCGUUCUACAAAGCAAGCAUAUCAUUGGUUUGAAAACCAACAGACAAAAGAACUUUUAGAAGAAUUUCCUCAUAUGCUUGCUUCCCUCGGAAAACCGAGGGAAGAGAUUCCGUACGAAAAUCGCAAGACUUACCGCUACUGA